AUGGCGGACAGAAAAAAAUCACAAGCAGCUGGCGAUGCGCCGGAAAAGAAAAAAGAUGACAAAAGUAAAGUGAAGAUAAAAGAGGAGCCCGUGGCUGAACCGGAGGAACUACCUAAAACACAAUCGCAAAUCGCGCGCGAGGAGGCAGAAUACAGAUCGAUGUUAAGAAAACAACGUUUCAAACGAAGAUGGCCGGAAAUAACCAAGGUCAAGAUUCGAACCCGACCGUGGCACCCACCUCCACCACCGCAAAGAAUGCCGCGGAUUAUGAUAGAUUUACCUGAGCUGAUAACUCGUAAGUGGGUCCCCCCUUACAUGAAGAGGAGAAGCAGAAGACGGAAGUUACCAAGAAUACCGCCAGAAGAAAUGACACAACCGUUGUACGAAGGAGCUAAGCUCAAGAAGAUCUGGCACAACUUCUGUCAAGUCGAGAAGAAUAAGAUGAUGCUUCAAGGUUCAAUUGGUUGCAACUCGAAGAAAUAUUCGUCGACUGCUUGCGGUUCUCAAACAGCAUGCAUAGCAGUUGUAUGCAGAGCUCUUCUAGAAGAGAAGACUCCCGCAGAACUUGUUAAAUUUGAUGUAGAUGAUAUUAUUGAAUCUGGGGAUAGAUACUACAGGCAAUGUAUGCUCGCUUUAAAGUGUUAUAAAGGCAAACCCCAAUUGAAACUGAAUCAAUUAUUGACGUCGUUCUUUUUUCACGACAACAAGUACACUGUCAAGAUGUCUGAGAUUGAGAGAGGGUUGCUCGCUAAGCAUCCGGAUAAUAUACAGGCUGAACCGGAUUUAAUGGCAUUUAUGGAGAAACGUAUAGGAACAACAUACAUGAUGAUCUUGUCAGCUGGUGACAGACAUUUCCUGAUAUGGGGUCAUCCCCCAGAAUCUGAAAGUGGGAGUCAAGUCAAGACUGUCAGCUAUAUCUUCGACCCCCAUAUGUUGAACGAGUUGGGACAGCCGCAUAAAUUAUUCGGUGCCGGCGCCUUCCUUCGUUACGCUGGGAUAACCUCAUUCGUUCUAGACUUUUUGUCAAACUAUGGAGACCUAGAUGCAGCCAAAAAGGGCACCCCCCGACCUGCCAUAACAUUGACUAGCGUGGAGGUGGUCCAAAAGGAACCGCUUCUACGUGACCCUAAUUAUGAGCUUGAUUUGAAAGCUCUCAAAGUCCACUGUCAGAGCGAGUGGGAAAGCAUGAAUAGGAAUGCGCUGAUUGAGAAAAAGUUGAAGGAGGGUAAAUAUCCUCAAGGUUCUCUAAGUGCGGUGAGUUUGGCCACUUCAAGAGCCACUUCGAGGAAGAAAGUUCAGGAUUUCUACCAAAAAACACCAAAAGAACCUCCCCUCCAACUCCCCGUCCCCCCAGAACGACCACCCCCUGCCCCCACUCAGGAGCAGAUAAUGCAAUUGAGGGGCGAAGAUUUCUUCCUAUACUGCCCCAAAUCAGACGGGCAUGCAUAUGGCAGAGAUGACAUGAUUCCACGACCGAAGUCCGAGACAGUACUACACAGCGUGGUCGAGAUAGCCGAUCAGAAUUACCAUUCUCAAUAUCAUCAAAUAGAUGUGGAUAAGUUCAUACUUCGAGCCACUAGACACAUGGCUAGCUUAAGAUAUCAGACAUUUAAAACGUAUACGGGGGUAGCGUGUUGCGUGGCGGCGCUAGCGAUGUUGAGGAGAUUUAGAGCUAGAGCCUGGAAUGAGGACAUCUUGGACGAGACAUUGGACCUUGGAUAUAAUUUAUUUAGGGAAUCGCUAGUUGAAAGAGGGGGACCAAUAAGAAGACUUGUUUUAGGUGAACUGAAAGAAACGUUCGCGAUAAGAGAUAAGAAGUAUAUGCACAAGGAAAGGGGUAUAGCUGUUUGGGGUAAGCUUAUAUCGACAAAUACAAAAGUUUUAGAUCUCUGUCGAGGUAUCGAAGCUUUCUUUAAGGAAUCCGAUGCUGGUUUACUUCAGAUUCCUGGUGAGUUUGAAGUUGCGAUUUGGAAUGAAGGUGGUAAAUAUUACGUCUACCAUCCGUGGCCCGCGGACAGAUAUGGUUACAAGGUUGGACUUCAAGACGGCGGUAAAGCCUGUCUCCUGAACUUCAACAGAGUGACUCGACUCUGCGAACAUUUUCUAGACAGUGUUGCCGAUUUGAAGAGAAAGCCAUUUAGUAUAUCAGAUAUUUACGUGACUGAGCGAGGAGUUAUGCCCGAGCCGGUUAACAAGUUGAAACCGGUUGCCCCCAAUCGUUGGGUGGUUCGAGGUCGCUUCCACGAGGCCGACGUUCGAUUUCCGGAAGAGCAUCGUGGAAAGCAAGCUACACCAGUGUCGAUAGCUGCCAUAGCUAUGGCACAUGUCCUGGAACCAUCAAACUGGACGCCUGAUGAUAUUGAUGAGACUCUCGUCCGAGGCGACAUUCUGUAUCAAAACACGAUGGAACACCUCGAACGCAUGGGCAUCAAUUUGGAAACCCCUCGCAGUGGGGAAGAGGGAGAGGAAGAGGAAGUGGGGACCACGGGCACGUUGGCGGCUGCCGAUGUACUGACUAGAUUCAGAGUGUCUGAGUACGAUUGUAUUGAAACUGAAGUCAUGGAUUGCGCUUAUAGUGGUCAACUCAACCCAGAACCGGAUAGUGGUGUCCUUUCCCUCAAAGACUCAAUACGCCAACUCUUUAAAGAGCAUACUCAUGCAGUAGUAACGGCUAGAGGCGGUUCCACCGCUAUAUGGAGAUAUGAUGACAGUUACUACUUCUUCGAUCCUCAUGGCUGUGAUGAGAACGGUUAUCCUUCCGAAGAACCAAGAUCAGCGGCGUGUUUAGUAAAAGUCAAGGGUUCUCCUGAUGACCUAGCUAACGUGAUCCUAGGAAACCUAGCGCCUGGACUAGACGACAGUUUUAACUUAUCUCCUAUAAAUGUAAAUGCAAGUAAGCUUAAUGCUGAAAUUGGAGCACCAGAAACUAAAUUAGAGAGUAAAGCGUUCAAUUGGAUAGCAAAAGGCACGGCCGCUAUUAUGAUGGGUCCAAGAGGAGAGAACACAGCGAUUGGAAAGGCUGCUGAAAAAGCUGGUAUUGGGGCGGAAGAUAUGGCAGGUCGAACCUUAGCACUACCAGCUGCGGCAGCCUUCGCAGCUGCCACUGAGUCAGUGCCACCUCCUCAUAUGCAUCAAGAUCAUAUGUACAAUUUCUUGGAUGCGGGUGUCGACUAUUACCUAAAUCAUCUAAAAAAGACUGGUCGCAAAGAAAUCGAACCCAAUGACUUGACGGAGAAAUUCGAAAUGGGAGCAAAUACGUUCUCCAUCGAACUCGACGAACCUAUACGACUACCUCUGAGACUUCCCGAUGAGCCGGCAGGGGAAGGUGAAGAAGAAGCAGCUGAGAAAGAACUCGGUGAAGAAGAGGAAGAAGAAGAAAAAGAACAACCAAUGAAACAAAUCAAGGACGCUCUGUUCAAAAUGUGGAACGAUCCCACGAAACCCACAUCAGUCGCUCUGCUGGUUGGUGACUACCACCAGCUCGGGGUGUGGGUGUCUGCGGGAGGGAAGGUGGUUGCAUUUGACCCGGCCCCCACCAUGGCUAAAGGAAUGUUGACCUUGCAGAGGAUUAAGAAGGGUGAUGAACUACGUAUACAACGUCUCAAAGAAGAGAUGGCGGGAGAAGGUGGCGGUGCAGAGGAAGAAGAUGAAGAAGAGGCUGAAGGAGAGGGUGAAGAGCAACCGGAACCGGAACCGGAAUUCGUACCGCCGGAAUCCUGUCCGGCUCUGAUGGUGUUCGCCAGUCCCGGAGAGUUUAUUGACAAACUUACUCUUCAAGGAGGCCUCGACCGGAAGCAGUGCUUGGCGCCGUACAAGUUGUAUCCGGUUAGAGUGACGAACGAAUUGACGUCAGUUUUGAAGGAGAGGAAGGGAGGGGCUCCUAAAAGCGGUGAUGAUGAAGCCGCAGCUGAUGAAGAAGAGGGUGAGUCUCUGAUAGAACCACUGGAUGACGAAGCAAUAGGCAAGUAUUUUACACGCCUCGGUCGAGCUGUAGCGUCGGUUCGAGGCCGGGUAGCGCAAAACGAAGAUUACUUCCUCGACCAACCGAAUAGGGAUAACCAGGAUGCAGCGAACGCAGUAAUGGGAAUCGUGGUAGACCACAUAGAGCCCUAUAUACACUGGAAACCUAAACUCCUUGAUGCUAUACUAAAGUAUGGUGAUCGACUCUACACGCUGUCUCUACCAAAUGCCUCUUCGCCUCCGAAACUUUGUCCCACUGAGAUCCAGAAGGAAUUUCAUGUGACCAGCUUUAAUGUGAAAUUGGAAAUAGAAGCCGAUGCAGUCACCGGUGAUAUGAAGGCCCGUGAGACUGGAGCUGUUCUUAACCUUCGCAGAGGGCUCCUGAAGUUCUUUGAAUCGAACAAAUACGGCGUCCUGUGCGCCAAAGGCUACUGUGUGGGUAUCUGGCGAGCGGUGGACGACAAAAGUUUUUGCCUGUGGGAGUCCCACGCUACGGGACCCACUGGGUGUUCGUCCCCAGGGGGGGCGGCGGCUCUGGUUCUCUUUGCGAAUGUAGAUCAGCUCGCCGAUACAUUUGCUAAGAGUCUGGAGAAGCUGGCGAGGCCUGGACCGAACAGGUAUACGAUAUCAUCGGUGAAGGUGUUCUGGGAACUAUCCAAGAUUCCUAGUGCCGUCACUGCCCAGGGCGCUGUACCUGAUGAGGGCUACGAGUGGAAGGUUCUGACGGCGUUCGUUGAAACAGCGAGAGGUCGAACAAUACUCCGAGGGACUCGUCCACCAGAUCUUGUAAAGUUUACUCGCGACGCCUUGUUGCAAUCGUCAUGUGGAGCUAUAGUAGGUGUGUGUAUGUCUCACGUGAGACGACCACAUCUCUGGACGAGGAAUACUGUGGAUGAGGUGAUGACGGUGGCAGCUCAGCUUUUCUCUGCCUCCCUGGGCUCUUUGGGCUACGAGUUCAGACCAGGGGAGGAUGUUCUGCUACCCUUGCAAGUGUUGAAGCGCUUCAUCCUUGGCGUGAACUACGUUCGUUACGAUUUACAGCAGGUGUAUAGUGGGAAACUGGAACAGAGGGAGCCAACUGAGAUGACUGUUAGAUGUGCCCUGGAGCGGUUCUUUGAGCAUCAUACACAUGGUGUGUUAUGGUCGGCUCCCCACGCGGUGGCUCUAUGGCGUGUACAGGGUGCUCCGCCCUUUUACAUGCUGGAGCCCCAUGCCUGUGGACCAACAGGACUCAGGGUCGACGCUCAGGACGACGGUGCUGCUUGUGUUUUGACGUUUACAUCAGCAAAGAUGAUGGCUUUUGCAUAUCUCCAAAACAUACCAGUGACGGAAAGACCUAAACAUAACUUCCAAUUAUAUGCCAUCUCGGUGACUGUGCAACCCAUUAAGAAAUUGGGUGGUGUCGACCCACCACUGGUCCGAGCACCGCCUGGAAUCAAACUUGUACCGGCCACUAGUAAGGUCGGCAUCGACGGUACCAAGCGUCGUGCCUCUGAAUCAGACCGGAAGCAUCCGCCGGGAAGUGCCACCUGUGUUGACGCUCAACGCGCUACCGAGAAGAGGGACCAGGAAGAGGGCAAGCUGAAAGGUCAACGCAACACAAGCGGUUGGCUGGUCCUCAACGACGGCACUCAAUUCCUCUCGGCCCAGCAUUCCAUGAACUGUAGGAAAUUCCCAUAUGGAUCUAGAGGGAAUCAGGCGUUAGCGUGCUCAAUAAUGGCGGUCGCGAUGUCCCGCAUCGAAGACGUUUGUCGGUGGUGCUCGUCAACGCUGGACCAGAUCCUGGAGAGCGGAGACCAGCUCUACCAGGACAGCUACCUGCACUUCCGACCUCCUUCGAAGAUACUCGCCAUUGAUCAGAUCCUACGUAAAUUCUACACACCAGGCAAUUGCGUCUGUCGCGUCGUAGUAUACAGGCCGCGACAAAAAGGCGUCGUCGACUCUGACCUUGAACAGCAGAUGAUGGAAUUCUUCCGGGAGGAGAGAUCGGGUGUUCUAGUCGCCGGGAAGGGUGAUUUCGCCGUCGCACUCUUUAGGACGCCAAGAGGUUAUUACAUGUUCGACGCGGCGGACCGCGAUCGCUACGGACGGGCCGUUGCCCCGCCUUGUAUAGGACAUGCCCGGGCUUGUUUCUCGCAGUACCCCAAUAUAAAAUCAUUGGUUGAGAAAUUAGGUCCCAACAUACCGCCAGUUAUCAAAGAAGUUACUGAAGAUGAUGGUAAAGAGGUAAAACAGAAAAAAAACAAAUCGAAAGGAGAAUUGAAAAACGACGAUGAAACAAACAAGGAGGUGAGAUUUGAAGAGCCCUCCACGUUUGUGAUAUACGGAAUGGAUGUUACAAGCUUAAGGAGGCUUAAUCAAUAUGAAAAAUAAUAAAAAUAACUUAGCAAUGGGAUACAAAAUUGUUCGUUUCAAGGGAAACGGUUAUUUUGACCUUUGAAAAGAAAAACCUAAAAACGAUGACUGGAAAUUUUGUAUUCUUUCAUUUUUUAAAAAGGGCUUCUUUCUAAAUUCAGUUACCUAAAUAUAAUCUUUUAACAAUAUUGUAUUUAACUAGUACUCUGUACAAUUAUAAUAACUGUGUUCAGUCAGUUGAUCAAUUAGUCAGUCAGGAUUUCAAUCAGUCGGUCAACCAGGAAAUCAGUCAGUCGCAGUGAAUACUAAAACGUGUUCGUCAGUUAGCAUGACAGUACAUAUUGUCAACAUCAUAACAGUCAGAUUAAGCUGGACUGUUAUGACUGAUUGAUUGAUCAAUCAAUUGGAAGACAGUUAAAUUGAAAGGCUUAUACUUGUAUAAAAAUAAUAUCGUCUUGUCAUUGUGACCACAUUUCGUUGAUUAUGUAUUGGUUUUAAAUAAAAAUGUUUAUAGUA